CUAGAACCGGCUACGACGAAGCUCAUAGGACGGUGCCCCGAGUUCUCUAAAGUAGAAACCAACGAGGCAAUUCAAUCUGCCCAUGAUGCUUUCCAACUGUAUCAGACAACAUCCGCCCGGCAGAGAUCUCGUCUCCUCCGCAAAUGGUACGAGUUGGUAAUCCACCAUCAAGAAGACUUGAGCGUUUUGAUCACCAUGGAGAAUGGCAAGCCUCUGAGUAAUGCCAGGGACGAGGUUGCUUACGCUGCGAGCUUUCUUGAGUGGUUCAGUGAGGAAGCGCCUCGAACGUAUGGCGAUGUGAUUCCUGCGUCGAAUCAUGGCAGUCAGGUCUUGACCCUGAAAGAGCCUCUUGGGGUCUGCGCUCUAAUUACACCAUGGAAUUUUCCUGCUGCUAUGAUCACGAGAAAGGCUGGUGCCGCCCUCGCAGCCGGAUGCACCGUGGUGAUCAAAUCGCCUGCCGAGACCCCAUUCACCGUCAACGCUCUCGUCGAGCUAGCCUACCGUGCCGGUUUCCCUAGAGGCAUCAUCAACGUUGUUACUGCGCUGUCCAACACCGUCGAGGUCGUACAUACACUGACAUCCUCGCCGCUGGUUCACAAGGUCUCCUUCACUGGCUCAACCAAUGUUGGGAAGAUCCUGAUGAGACAAUGUGCCGAGACCACUGUCAAAAAGAUCUCUCUCGAGCUUGGUGGCAAUGCCCCUUUCAUCGUCUUUGAGGAUGCCGACCUUGAUGCAGCUGUUGAUGGUGUCAUCAUCUGCAAAUUCAGAUCGUCUGGUCAGACAUGCGUCUCCGCGAAUCGCAUCUACGUCCACGACUCUGUUUACGCCGAGUUUGCGUCGAAGCUCGCCGCGCGCGUUCAAAGGGACUUUGUUGUCGGGAAUGGCCUUACCACGCCGGGCGUCACACAUGGGCCUCUGAUCCACGAAAAAGCCCUGGAGAAGACUCUGGCUCAUAUUCGCGAUGCCGUGACGCGUGGAGCUACGAUUGCUUCGGGGGGGAGUGCAAUGCCUCAGCUUGGACCUCACUUUUUGGAGCCUACCAUUGUCACAGAUAUGACACACGACAUGCAGGUGGCUUGCGAUGAGACCUUUGGACCCGUCGCCGGAUUGUUUCGGUUUACCACAGAGAAGGAGGUCAUCGCCCUUGCGAACAGUACUGAUAUGGGGCUUGCUGGAUACUUUUACAGUCGUAACAUCCAGAGACUUUGGCGCGUAGCCAGAGCACUCCAAGUUGGCAUGGUUGGUGUGAAUACAGGGCUAAUAAGUGACCCAGCCUCUCCUUUUGGCGGUGUGAAGUCCAGCGGAUUCGGGCGUGAAGGGGGUAGAUACGGGAUUGAGGAGUAUAUGACCACAAAGACAAUAACUCUAGGUGGUCUCGAACCGCUAGCACAGAGCCGUCUCUAG